ACGAGCCGGGCCGAGCGGCUGCGCAUUCGCCGGGAAGGGAAGAACCGCUCGUUCGGGGAAAUGGAUUCGCUACCGGGGCUGCCCAGCGUUUGGACUUUGCUGUUCUCCGGCUUCUGGCAUUUAGGAUUAACAGCCUCGAAUUACAACUGUGAUGACCCAUUAGCAUCGCUGCUCUCUCCAAUGGCAUUCUCCAGCUCCUCAGACCUCACUGGCCCUCCCAGCCCAGCUCAGCUCAACUGGAGAAUUGGAACUGGUGGUUGGUCCCCAGCAGAUUCCAACGCUCAACAGUGGCUCCAGAUGGACCUGGGGAACAGAGUGGAGAUUACAGCAGUGGCCACACAGGGAAGAUACGGAAGCUCUGACUGGGUGACGAGUUAUAGCCUGAUGUUUAGUGACACAGGACGCAACUGGAAACAGUACAAGCAAGAAGACAGCAUCUGGACCUUCGCAGGAAACAUGAACGCCGACAGCGUGGUGCAUCACAAGCUGCUACACUCAGUGAGGGCCCGCUUCAUUCGCUUUGUGCCCCUGGAGUGGAACCCCAGUGGCAAGAUCGGCAUGAGAGUGGAGGUGUAUGGAUGCUCCUAUAAAUCAGACGUUGCUGACUUUGAUGGCCGAAGCUCGCUUCUGUACAGGUUCAAUCAGAAGCUGAUGAGCACUCUCAAAGAUGUGAUCUCCCUGAAGUUCAAGAGCAUGCAAGGAGAUGGAGUCUUGUUCCAUGGAGAAGGCCAACGUGGCGACCACAUCACCUUGGAGCUCCAGCAGGGGAGGCUUACCCUGUACCUAAACUUAGAUGACAGCAAAGCUCGGCUCAGCAGCAGCCCGCCCUCUGCCACCCUGGGCAGCCUCCUGGAUGACCAGCACUGGCAUUCCGUCCUCAUUGAGCGUGUGGGCAAGCAGGUGAAUUUCACCGUGGACAAACACACGCAGCACUUCAGGACCAAGGGCGAGGCAGAUGCCUUGGACAUUGAUUAUGAGCUUAGUUUUGGAGGAAUUCCUGUACCAGGCAAACCUGGGACCUUUUUAAAGAAAAACUUCCACGGAUGUAUUGAAAACCUUUACUACAAUGGAGUAAACAUAAUUGACCUGGCCAAAAGACGAAAGCAUCAGAUCUACACUGUGGGCAAUGUCACUUUUUCCUGCUCCGAACCACAGAUUGUUCCCAUCACAUUUGUCAACUCCAGCAGCAGUUAUUUGCUGCUGCCCGGCACCCCCCAAAUUGAUGGGCUCUCGGUGAGCUUCCAGUUUCGAACAUGGAACAAGGAUGGUCUGCUUCUGUCCACAGAGCUGUCUGAAGGCUCGGGGGACCUGCUGCUGAGCCUGGAAGGUGGAAUCCUGAGACUCGUGAUCCAGAAAAUGACAGAACGCACAGCUGAAAUCCUCACAGGCAGCAGCUUGAAUGAUGGCUUGUGGCAUUCAGUUAGCAUCAAUGCCAGAAGGAACCGCAUCACUCUCACGCUGGAUAAUGAGGCAGCGUCCCCAGCUCAAGACACCACCCGGAUACAGAUUUAUUCUGGAAGUAACUACUACUUUGGAGGGUGCCCCGACAAUCUCACCGAUUCCCAAUGUUUAAAUCCCAUUAAGGCAUUCCAAGGCUGCAUGAGGCUCAUCUUUAUUGAUAACCAGCCCAAGGAUCUCAUUUCAGUUCAGCAAGGUUCCCUGGGGAAUUUUAGUGAUUUACACAUUGAUCUGUGUAGCAUCAAAGACAGGUGUUUGCCAAACUAUUGUGAACAUGGAGGAAGCUGCUCCCAGUCCUGGACAACCUUCUAUUGCAACUGCAGUGACACAGGUUACACCGGUGCCACAUGUCAUAACUCCAUCUACGAGCAAUCCUGUGAGGUCUACAGGCAUCAAGGGAACAGAGCUGGGUUCUUCUACGUGGACUCCGAUGGCAGUGGGCCCCUGGGACCCCUGCGCGUAUACUGCAAUAUCACUGAGGACAAGAUCUGGAUGUCAGUGCAGCACAACAACACAGAGCUGACCCGAGUGCAUGGCGCCAAUCCCCAGAAGCCCUACACCAUGACCUUGGACUAUGGCAGCAGCUUGGAGCAGCUGGAGGCCCUGAUCGAUGGCUCAGAGCACUGUGAGCAGGAGGUGGCCUACCACUGCAAGAGAUCACGCCUGCUAAACACUCCUGAUGGAACCCCAUUUACCUGGUGGAUCGGGAGAUCCAAUGAAAAGCACCCUUACUGGGGAGGUUCUCUUCCUGGGGUCCAGCAGUGUGAAUGUGGCCUGGAGGAGCGUUGCCUGGAUAUUCGACACUUCUGCAAUUGUGAUGCUGACAAGGAUGAAUGGACAAAUGAUACUGGCUUUCUUUCCUUCAAAGACCACUUGCCUGUCACGCAGAUAGUUAUCACCGAUACCAACAGAUCAAACUCAGAAGCUGCUUGGAGAAUUGGUCCCUUGCGUUGCUAUGGUGACAGACAUUUCUGGAAUGCCGUCUCAUUUUAUACAGAAGCCUCUUAUCUCCAUUUUCCUACCUUCCACGCGGAAUUCAGUGCCGACAUUUCCUUCUUUUUUAAAACCACCGCUUUAUCUGGAGUUUUCCUAGAAAACCUUGGCAUUAAAGACUUCAUCCGACUUGAAAUAAGCUCUCCUUCCGAGAUCACCUUUGCCAUCGAUGUUGGGAAUGGCCCUGUGGAGCUCAUCGUCCAGUCUCCUUCUCCUCUAAAUGACAACCAAUGGCAUUAUGUCCGUGCUGAGAGGAGCCUUAAGGAAACCUCACUCCAGGUGGACAACCUUCCAAGGAGCACCAGGGAGACCUCAGAGGAGGGCCACUUCCGCCUGCAACUGAACAGCCAGCUGUUUGUAGGGGGAACAUCAUCAAGACAAAAAGGCUUCCUUGGAUGUAUCCGCUCCCUACUCUUGAAUGGACAAAAGCUGGACCUGGAGGAGCGGGCGAAAGUCACGUCUGGAGUCAGGCCGGGCUGCCCGGGUCACUGCAGCAGCUACGGCAGCAACUGCCACAACGGGGGCAAGUGUGUGGAGAAGCACAGUGGCUACUUGUGUGACUGCACACAUUCUCCAUAUGAAGGGCCCUUUUGCCAAAAAGAGGUUUCUGCUGUGUUUGAACCUGGCACGUCGGUUACUUACGUGUUUCAAGAGCCAUACCCAGUGACCAAGAAUACGAGCCUCUCCUCUUCAGCUAUUUACACAGAUGUGGUGCCCUCCAAGGAGAACAUAGCACUCAGCUUUGUGACAGCUCAGACACCCAGCCUUUUGCUCUUCAUCAAUUCUUCUUCUCAGGACUUCCUAGCUGUGCUGCUUUGCAAGAAUGGAAGUUUACAGGUUCGCUAUCAGUUAAGCAAGGAAGAAACUCAUGUUUUCACCGUUGAUGCAGAGAACUUCGCCAACAGAAGGAUGCACCACUUGCAGAUUAACCGAGAAGGAAGAGAGCUGACCAUUCAGAUGGACCAGCAACUCCGGCUAAGCUAUAACUUCUCACCCGAAGUCGAAUUCAGGACCAUAAGGUCACUCAUCUUGGGCAAAAUCACAGAGAGUAUUGGAUUGGAUUCUGAAACCGCUAAAGCAAACACUGCGGGCUUUGUUGGAUGUCUGUCUUCAGUCCAGUACAACCAUGUAGCACCCCUGAAGGCAGCCCUGCGUCACGCUGCCAUCGCACCUGUGACUGUACAUGGGGCCUUGAAAGAAUCCAGCUGUGGUUUCGUGGUGGACUCAGAUGUGAACGCAGUGACCACUGUACAUUCUUCAUCAGAUCCCUUUGGGAAGACAGAUGAGCGAGAACCACUCACCAACGCAGUGCGAAGCGAUUCUGCAGUCAUCGGAGGAGUGAUAGCGGUGGUGAUCUUUGUCACCUUCUGCACAGUGGGCGUAAUGAUCCGCUUCCUGUACCAGCAUAAGCAGUCCCACCGCACCAACCAGAUGAAGGAAAAGGAGUAUCCUGAGAACUUGGACAGCUCCUUCAGGAAUGAGAUUGACUUGCAAAACACAGUGAGCGAGUGCAAAAGGGAAUAUUUCAUCUGAGAAACUGCAGGGUCACUCAAGAGUCCUUUUGUAAUUGUGAACUUUUUCUCCUCUCUCUCCUGUACUUUAAUUUUUGUUGUCCUCUUUCUCUUAAUCGCUUGUUGUUUGCAUCCACCACAGCAUUGAUCCACUUGACUCAGCUCAGGACACCAGGCGGCUAUGGUGACUCCUUCCUCUCUGCCACGUGCACUGUGGUGAAAGUGACCACUCAAGGCACAGACUUUACUGUUUUUCACAAGGAAGAGACACGCGUGCGCACAUGGGCACAUUCAGCUUUGUGUUCCCGUUCCUCAAAUUCACUCCCAGUUUUUCACUCACUCUGUCUCGUGGUCUCACUUUGAGCUUGAGUUUUGUGACAUAAGCAUUUAACAGCCAUCCCUGAUAUCCCCCAAUUCUCAAGUCCAUUUGCACCGGGAAAUCCAGGGCAGAGCGAUACCUACCCUGCAGGCCUGGCUCACUUUGGUAGCAUUUUAUGAAGCACAAGACAGGUGCGUUUCUUUUGAUCUCAUUUCUUUACUGCAAGCAGCUCUUUGCCCCAACUCAUCCACUGUUUGUUUUUUGUUUUUUUUAUUUACUAUGACUUUUACCACCUGGGUAUUUUCAAAUAUAGGCUUGUAAUAGUAGCAACCAAUUACUUUGCUCUUUUCUUACUACUGUCUCCUGGCGCCAACACUGUAGACCAGCACACAAUAGCAUCAACCUAGGGGAAGCAUUGAAUAGUAGCUUGAAGAUAAGGGGUAAAGAAAGCUGCUAGGAAGUAGAUGUUCCCUAACUUCAAAAUAGCCUUCCUCCAAUUUUCUAACAUAUAAUAGCUAGGUUAUUCUUGGGAUUAUUAUACUGAGGUAAAAAAUAAGUAUAGACAUAUACUUGUAAGUUGCUGCAGGGUAAAUACAUUUAAAUAAAAAUCUAAAAUAGUUUCUGGUUCCAUGAAAAGGCUUAAAUCCUCUGAACUCAGCUUAUAAUAAAAUGAAAAAAGAACUUCAUGAAGAAAGAGAAGCACUAAACAGAUUUCUUCCCUUCCAUCCACUCAGGGGAGAUCUAGUAAAGAAAGUGAAUAUGAAUUUGCAGGCUUCACAUUUUAGAACAGACAGGGUGAAUCAACUUGUAUCCAUAGCUGUUGUCUAAGAGUUUCAGGAGCCUCUGAUAUAUGUGAUACGAUGGUCACCUCCAGCUGACCCACUGCUUGAUUUUAGAGAAGCCCUUAGAUUCUCAUAUCACAUUUUCAAAUCUGUUACAUGGUGAGUGUGUAAAAGUAGCCAUUUUACACAUCGUUUUCGUUAGACUUGCUUUCCCAGGUGAGGUGGUAGGAAAAGCUCAUGCUCUUUGUCCCUUUUGAUGGCAGAAGUGUGGGAUUCAUUGUUCCCAAAAGGCCUCUGGUGUUUCCCUGUGGGUGGUAGCAGGAACUCUGGUGAUUUUGUUGUCCAAUAAGCCUGAUUUUGCCCCUCACCACUUUGGAUAAAAAAAAAGAUCAGGGGAAAAUAGUAUGAAUGUUCCAAAGUGCUGGAAAUUUCAACAGAAUAAUCUACAGAUGUAGAAGUACUCAGUGAUUCUCUUUACAAAGUAGAUUUUCAGAGCGAUUACAUCACUGUUAGCCAGCCAUGGCAGCUGACCAGUGCCGUUCACCUUGCUGUUAACAUUGCUCUCCCCUCUGACUCCGACUUGCCCUGGAUGAGGAGGCUCACGGGGAGAAACCUACUAGCUCCAUUCCAUUUCUUCCAGUUACAGAGCUUGUGACAUGAGGAUUGAGUUGGUUACUGCAUUUCUUAAUUCUAAAAUUUCUAAAUACACAUUCUUUCCUGAAAAUUUGCUGUGGAUUCUCAGUCACUCCAUCCUUUGGGAUAUAAUUAUCCUUUUCUAGUAAAUUUAUUUUCAACUGACUCUAGCAAGAAUCCAUUUUUAAAAUUUUUCUACUUUACUAAGAUGAAUGACUGCAUAGCAAAUCUCUUUAUAUAUGGCGUCCCCUUGCCCUUUCUUGCCCUUUCCCAGUUUUCACUUUUGAAUUUUCUAUUUCUAUAAAAAGGCUGCGAUAAGUCAGCUUUUUGUUAGGCUACAUAUUCCUUUGGCACAUGAAAUAAAAGUCACCAUGAAAUGUAGUGUGUUUAGCCCAAAACAUCUCCAUUAAUGAAAUGGAACAGAAAAAGAAAGUAUGAGUAGUAAAAUUGGAACAUUUCCUUAUUCAAGUUUCUGAGAAGCCAUGGCCAUAUUUUGCCGACAUGGUGCUGAUAGCAGAAUGGGAGGACUAGUAAAGGCCUCUCAGAGAAUUUGCUGUCUCAUCUACUCAUAGAUUCUUGGAGAGAUUCCUGUUGGGAGGAGGAUUUGGGGAAGCUGCACACUUCCCAGGUCCUCACCACAGACUACACCAGUGUCCUCUCUGCUUAUGCAGACUGCACCCACAAGCUCACUACGCCUGAGAAUCCCAAGACAGUGCAGUCUGCAUCUCACUGUUGUACUUGGUCUCAGGGCUAAAUCUGAAUUAUCUUCACAGGGUUAGGUUAUGCCACAACCCAGAAAACACUAUGACUUUUAUGAGAUAUAUUUGAAAAGCAAGUAAGCUGCACCUUCUAAACAAAACACACCUAAAAUGGGAAAUAAGUGCUCAUUCUGCAUGUUUUUCCUCAGCAGUACCAUGAUCUAUUUAGUUUUAUGUAAUUAUUUGAUUGUGUGUUUCCAUGAUCAAGAAACCAUAAUCUACAACUAUAUUUUGAGACCAUUUGAAUCCUUUAGUAACCUUUUUUCUCCAUGGUAUUCAAAUGUCCUGACUGCAUGUUCCUGGACCAUGUAGACCUCCAUAAUCUCCUCCUCUUUAACACUCAGGCUCUGGUAACUGCUAUUUACAAAAAAAUAUGGAAAAUGAUCACUUUACAGUAAAACCAAAAAUACCUGUUGUUCAAUUUCACAUUCUAAGGGAGCUGUUUCAUUAAUAUUAUUUCCACUAAACAGAUCAAUUUAUACAAGUGACAGUGUAUUUGUGUACCCUAAAAUAUAUUUUAUAUUGACUACAUCAUUCAUUGUGUCUAUAGGCCAGCUUGCCAUGAUUUCUAUGAGAAUUCAUCUAGAGAAAUAGAUACUUGUCAUUUCUCUAGAUAUAUUUUUAUGAAUAGUUUACCCUCUUCUGUUUAGUCUCAACUACGCAUUGGAGAUUUAUUUUAAGGAUCUUGUGGCUAAUAUUUUAAAGUGAUUUUUGUUCUCUUUAGUAACAACAGAGGUGGUAUUAACCUGACUUUUGCUUUCUGUCACAAUCAUGCCCACUGUGGUGGACAAAAUGAAUAGACUGUUCUGUUCCUUCUGUGUUUGUUCAUCAAAUAUAUACUGACUGCCCACUACUCCAACAGUUGUCUUGGGCACUGGGUAUAUAGAUAGAAACUAUACCUUGGUCUUGCCCUUGAGAAAUUUAAAGUCUAGCACAAGACAUUCAUACUGUUGUAGCAGUAGUGGACAUAAAAUGCUAUGGAACACAGAGCUGACAUCCUCCAAAAUAUUUUAUACAGUACUUGCUGGAGACUUCAUGAAACCAACAAAUUUGUGGAUAAUACAUAUAAUUUUAUACUUAAUUUAUUACUUCCACCUCUAAUGAACUAUUUUGUUUCUUCUCUUCAAAACAUAUCUAUCUAUGAAUAUAUAUUUCUAUAGAAGGAAGUGAAUUGUUUGUUGGGACAGCAAGAAUAAAUGGCCUUUCCCUCGGACAUAGUUUGAAGGAAGCUGAAUUCUGUAACUUCCUGCUUCAGUUCUUGCUGGUAAAUUUUAAGACUUCCUUCUCCUGCAUCUGACCUAAGUGAGGUCUUGGGAUUCUAUCUGAGAUUCAUACUAUCAGACUGUUUCUGCAUCCCUUCUAUUUUUUUCAGUUCUUUUGUUGACCCAUUUAUGUGAUUACAUGCCACUGUCUCUCUGGAUGAUCCUAAGGAGGCUUGUGGUAGUCCAGCACUUGCUCCAGUCUUCCUUAGACCUGCUGAGUCAUCUUAAGGAAAUCUCUGAGAACAAGAUGAGUCUAUCCUUGAGAGAAUGACUGCCUAAAAAUGUUGUUCACUUAAAUGAGAUCUUCGUUCUAUGCCUGUCGUGAACCUUCCAAUCCUGACGUUCAUGCAUGCCCCUUUCGGCACCGCAUUAAUUCAGUUAGAACACUUGCACUGGGAAGGUACACAGUAUCUUCUCCAAGAUAUUCAGGGAUAUAGGAAUCAUGCUUUGUGAAUCCUUUGUUAGACAAAGUUUGACAGUGUGUCCCCUGUCUUCCUUGGUUUCUUUUGAAGUUCCCCAAUGCUAUAAUCCAUCAAGCAUUUAUUACAACACCAGCCUGUAAAAAGCUUUUGGAGGUACCUGUAUCACUCUACCACUCAUUCUUCCUUAAGCUAAAGGCUCGGCUAAACUUAGUCCUCAAUUUCCUGCAGGCCAGUUGUAGAUGAAAUAAAUUGAUAAGAUCAGUGUUCCUGAAAAUGGCAAAGGAGAUUCCUAGAAGAUGGUACAGGAGAUAACUUUGGGAAUACUUGGAGGAUAACUGAGUGUUCUUUCAUAUCUCUUACAAAAUGUGAACAUAUUUCCUUUAAAAGCACACACUAUAACUGAGUUACUUCAAUCAUCUGUUCUUGGAUUGUUUCUUAAUCUGUACUCCUAUCCACUCACCCACUCUUACUUGUGAAGCCAUCAAGUUUGCAGAUUUUAGUUGUUUGUAGUUCUCAUCUUUGUGUUCACAAAGUCCAAAUAAUUAAACCACCUAGAGGGGAAAAGUAAAACACACACACACACACACACACACACACACACACACACACACGAGAGAGAGACAGUAAAAGUAAGGUUCUUAACCCAAGCAUUUCCCGGGAGUUUACACACAUGUCUGUUCAGUAGGGACAGAAACAUUCCCACUUUGUAUUUUGGUUUGACUAUUAUUUGAAUUCUUCAUAUAAAGUUUUAAUAAUUACCUGUUUUGGUAUUUUCGAGUGGUUUUUUUCCUUUUACUUUGUAGUAAGGUACUCUGAGGAAGUAUAGAAAAGCGCAUUUUCCAGUGAAACAUUGUAUUUGUAAGUGGGCUGUCUUGUCUUUUGUAAAGUUUAGGGCUUACAAAGUUACUGAACUGAAAGGAGCACAGGUUAAGGUUUUAGAAUUUGGAGCAGACCUGCUAGCAACACGUCCAGGAGAGAGAGGGGACUCAUUGCAGCAGUCAGUGGCUGUCGGAGACAAUGCUCACAGCAUAAAUUCACAGUGAUUUCUCUUCUCACUUUUCUGGCUCCUAACUCAGGAGUAUCUUAUGGAUUUGGACCAUUGUUCCACACAUGAGGGAAGAGGCAAUAUCAUGGGCUUUACUUGUGGAAUGCUCUACUCACUGUGGGUGCCAUUUUGAUCCUUCCAAGCCCUACUCCAAUGACUUUUUUUUCAAUAUUUCUACUUCAGUAGGAUUUUUCCAGGGUGCUUCAGGACUGUCACCACUAACUGUCACCAAGUAUUUAAACUGCCCAGGAGAAGCACCUAAUAGAAAUUUAAGGAAAAUAAACUAUCAAAAACUACUUAAGUCUACAGUCCUGAAUAAGAAUGCCCCUGGGUAGAAACCCUGUGAUCCUGGAGUCAAUCUAAUAUGUUUUUCUGUAUCCUUCCAUGGUCCUUCCACCCACUGCACAAGUCAUAAUGAUAAGACAAAAUGCUCUCCAGCCUUCACAUUGCAUGCUCCGGCCUGCCAACUUAUUACCUUACCUGGAAACUAGAUGUUUCACUCAAUUCUUCCCAGUGACACAGGAAAAUUCUUUCCAAAAUAACAUGAUUAAACUAGGGGAAUAGUCCUAUGUCAUUGACCAAAAGUUAUACAAACUGAUUAGUGCUUACAGCCUCUUCUUACAUUCAUUAGUAUCAUAGAGUACUGAUCCCAGUAGUAGCCACACAGGGCAUGGUAAAAUGCUCUGGACGUGUAGAUGGAGCACUGCAUUGUCCUGUGGCCUCUUUGAAAGGUGUCCAACAAAUAGUAACAUUCAGUACAACUUUGUGGGAUAUGCAUGGACAUCUGCCUAAUCAUCCUUUUACACUAUAAUCAAGUCCUAUUCCAAAGGUUUUACAUGAGCUAUUAACAUAGUCUCUUCUCUUUGAGAGGCAGCAUUGAAGUAUAAACUUGUUCUGCCUUAAAUAUUCUUGCAAAAAAUACCAAACCUUGCUUAAAGUAAUAUCUUCAUAUUGUGAGAGGGACUUUGCGUUUGGUGAAGACUGGGAUCAAGAACUUUUGUCUUCUCCAUCUGGCAAGUUGAUAGGCAAUCUGAUCUCCCAUAGUGUCCUGAGCAGACACUUCUGCUGGCCAACUAGCCUAGGACCAGAAAUCGGCUGUAUAUAAAUGAAGGAACAUGGUCAUAUUCCAGUAAAACCUUGCUUAUUAAAACAGGAAACAAUUCAAAUUUAGUUCAUGGAAUGUAACUUCUCAGUCCUGAAAAUAGAACAUUAUAGUGUCUGUUUCAAAUGAGAAACUGGUCUCCUUCUGAUAUGUUUGGGUCCUUCUUUUCUGAGGAAUGAGAGGGCAAGGCAAAUUAGUUCUAAGUAAAUAAUCAACAUGCCCCCCAAAUAUAUAUAUACAUAAAUAUGUAUAUGCAGUGAAAGCACAAAACAGCAAAACAGGCCAUCUCCUUUGUGGAUCUGCUGGAGUCUCCCUUUGGAUUUUCUAAUUUUUGUUCCUAUAACAGAAACCCAAGUGAUGUUGCCUCAUUCCAAGUCGGUUUUGUAGGUCACAUAACAUGUCUUAAUACACUGUAUGGGAAAAAUUAAAGCUAGCCUUAGAUUUCUUUGUUUUCUAUGGUUAUUGUUGUACAGAGGAAAGACUUAAACUGUAAAUACUGUAUAUUUAAUAAAGAGAGACUUUUGUAUGAUUUUGUGUGGAAGA